GGGGCGGAGCUUUGCUAUCAAAGUCAGAGCGCACAUUGUGAAAGUUCUGAUCUUACUGAUCUCUUCGAUCUCUUUCGGACGUUAACAUGGGAGCUUCUCAGUCAGGAGCAGUGCAUAUGUAUCAAGAUCUGGCUGAUAAAACUGGCUUUUCCAUAGAGCAGAUAAAAAACCUCCAUAACAGAUUUAAGUACCUGACUCAAGAUGAAGACACUUUAAGACGUGAACACCUUGAGGAUAUUAACAAUUUGGCCCUCAACCCAAUCCGAAGACAGAUCAUCGAGGCCUUCUUUGACACAAGGAACUUGGGUCAAAAGGAGAAGGGCUGUUUGCAGGAGAUCGGCUUUGAGGAAUUCGUUACCGUCCUGGCCUUUUUCAGACCACCCAAACCACACAUCGCUGAGGAGGAGAGAAAAACCAUGAAGAAGGAGAAACUACGCUUUCUGUUCAACAUGCACGACACUGACAAUGAUGGCAUCAUCACACUGGAUGAAUAUAGACGUGUGGUAGAGGAGCUGCUGUCUAGCUCUGAAACCAUAGGAGCAGAAACCGCCAAAGCCAUUUCAGAUGCUGCAAUGCUGGAAGUCGCCAGUGUCACAGUGGGUCAGAUGGGUCCUGAUGAAUUUUAUGAGGGAAUCACCUUUGAACAGUUCAUGCAGAUAUUAAAAGACAUCGAGAUCGAGACCAAGAUGAAUGUUCACUUUUGGAACUUGGACACCAGGACAAUUCAAUGUGGGAAAUGAGAGUAAUUUCCACUUCUGAACAGCACUUUUUCAGAACAGUCUUUAUUUUAAAUCUAAACAUCUAAAAUUUGUCCCACGGAUUCAUCCCUUAGUAUUGAGUUUACUGCGGUUUCUUUCUCUGAAAUAUCUUCAACGCUCGAGAUAUGGUGGAAGUGACCGCGACAUGCUCUGGUGGAUAUGUUUCAGGCCCUGUUUCCACCUGGUAUUGCUUUUUGGUUGAUUAAAACGCAUCUUUACACCAGGUGAAAACAGGUCCAUAGAGUCCAGACCUCUGAGGAAAACUGAACAUACAGAAUAUAAAUAUAAAUAUAUAUAUAUAUAUAUUUGAAAGAUAUAUUGAAGAACCGCAUGAGACCUGGCUAUUUUUGUAGCUUCUCAACUCUACAACAGUUGACAUGCAUUCUGAUUCAUACUUUUUAGAUACAAUGUACACUGUUUUUAUUAGGAUUGUUGAGACCUCAGAACUGAUUUCCCUUCUGAGCAAAAUGCUUUUGUAAUGGAGGAAGUCCUUACAAAGUCAACAAUCUCUGUUUCCCUUAACAAAGUACUGAAACACUCCACACCCUAAGUUAAUGAAUCCACAAAUCUUAUCAUUCACCUCAAAAACAACAGGGAGCGAUUGUUUUGUUGCCCUUAAUAUGUAAUCCAUCUGGCUUCCUUCCAUCACGGUUAUAUAUUAAUAAAUAUCACAGGGUGUGUAAAGUUUUUACAGCAGCAAAAUUUACUGUAGGAUAUCAGUGUAAUAUUUUUGUACAUUAUUGUCAUUUGAAAUCCUCACAAUUGUCACUAAACUUGAAGAGAAUAAAAUAAUCAUAGUUUUAAAAGUU